AUUGUUUCCCCUCUUUUCUCACCUCUCUCUUGCUCCAUAAAUAUAUAUGCACUAGAAAGGGAAUUUUAAACCAACCCAUUUGGAAAAUAACCUUAUUGCUUCUUGGUCUGCAAAAUAUCAUGGCAGAUGCAAGUUUCUUUGUUGGAGUCAUAGGCAACAUCAUCUCAAUUCUCAUGUUUCUUUCUCCUGUACCUACGUUUUGGAAAAUAAAGAAGCAAGGAUCUACCGAAGAUUUCUCAAGCCUUCCUUACAUUUGCACAUUGCUUAAUUGUUCCCUGUGGACUUACUAUGGAAUCAUAAAGGCUAGAGAGUAUCUGGUGGCUACUGUUAAUGGCUUUGGCAUUGUGGUGGAGACAAUCUAUGUUAUUCUAUUCCUCAUAUAUGCUCCAAAAGGGAGAAGGGGUAGAACUGCCAUUUUGGCUGUGAUUUUGGAUGUGGCAAUCUUGGCAGCAGCAGUAAUUACUACUCAAUUAGCAUUUCAAGGAAAAGCUCGUAGUGGUGCUGUUGGUGUUAUGGGAGCAGGCUUGAACAUUGUUAUGUAUUUCUCACCUCUCUCUGCCAUGAAAACAGUGGUGAAGACAAAAAGCGUGGAGUAUAUGCCAUUCUUGCUUUCUUUUUUCUUCUUUUUAAACGGUGGCGUUUGGUUGUUGUAUGCUGUUCUUGUUCGUGAUGUUAUCCUCGGGGUGCCAAACGGUACUGGAUUUUUACUGGGAGCGAUGCAAUUAGUGCUAUACGCAAUCUACAGAAAUGGGAAGCCUAGUUCAAAUAACAGAUUAGAAGAAGGAUUGCAACAUGAGCCUCUCAUCUCACAGCCUAAUAAGGAGUCACAUCAGAUAAGGGAAGACAGGCCCAUCUAGUUUGUCUUCAUGUUUUAAAGCUCCAUAUAUGCAUGCUAGCUCCACCAUCAUUGUUUGUUAUUUUCAAUGUAAGAAAAGGUAAAUUAGAAGCUCAAAUGAUUGCUUUAUUCAAUUAUUAUAGUAUAUUUUGAGCACAUGGAUGUGAGAUUGUUUAAACUUAAUAAAAAAUCUUAAGUUUAUAUUUUGACA